CCAGCUCUCGCAGACCGAUACACGGCAGAGUUUCCACAAGCCGGAUAGACUACACACGCACGUGCGUGCUAGCACAAACGAACACGAGCGCGCACUCACGCACACACACACACAAACACACACACAUCUCCACACACACGAGAGAGAGAGAGAGAGAGAGAGAGAGAGAUGGGAGAUAAUUAUCGUAGGUUAACCAUGGGUGGAGAGAAAGCGAUAGGAAUAGACUUGGGCACAAGCACAUGUUGUAUUGCCGUAUGGCAGCACAACAGGGUAGAUGUCAUACCGAAUCCUAUGGGGGGCAGGCUGACUCCAUCCGUCGUGCGGUUCAGCAACACCGGCAAAUCUGUCGGUCUCAAAGCCAAGCUUGAGGAGGAUAAUGGAGCGGGCUCCUCUUCUGACGAUGGAGCGGAUGCCACUUACGUCUACGAGAUCAAACGCAUUAUGGGGAAGGAGUUCGGAUCUCGAGACGCCCAGGAAGAUAUUCGAGCGUGGAGCUUCCCCGUCGUGGGGAGAUCGAAGGGCCAACCGAUGGUCCACGUGGCGAAGCUCAAGGGGCGGCGGCAACCGGUGCAGUUCUCCCCAGAGGAGAUAUCCGCCAUGCUGCUGAAGCACGCCAAGAAAUUAGCCGAAGCUUAUCUGGACUGCGAGGUGAGGAAAGCAGUCAUCACUGUUCCGGCUUACUUCACGGACGCUCAGAAGGAGGCGACCCGCAAUGCAGGGAGAUUAGCGAGACUUGAAGUCGUGCGUCUGCUCAGCGAGCCCACAGCAGGUGCUCUGGCUUACGUGGAGAACAAUAUGCUAAGCAUCCGCGAGCUUCAACGAGGGGAAGCGCAGCGGAGUCCAACCGUUAUGGUCUUCGAUCUAGGAGGCGGCACACUCGACGUUUCGAUUGUCGAGAUUAGUGAGGACAGCAUCGUAGUGAAGGCGUUAGAUGGAGAUACGCAUCUAGGAGGAGCCAAUUUCGACAAGAACUUAGUCAAUUAUGUAGUGACCGAGUUCGCUGAGAAAAAUAGACUACUGGAGGAAAUUGUUCGGGCCGAUAAAAGAAGAAUGAAAGAGUUGAGAAAGAAGUGCAUCGAAGCAAAGGAAACUCUCUCCAUGGUGGGUGUUCAUGAAUAUGUUUUGCUGCUACCGGAUUUCUACGAGCGUUUAACUCUUAAGGAGCAUAUUUCCACAACAACUUUCAAUAGGAUUAAUCAGCCCCUGUUCGAUAGGUGUAUGAUUAAAGUGAAGAGAGUGUUGGAGAGUGCGAAUCUGCGCAAAGAAGACAUCUUGAAGGUGCUGCUUGUGGGAGGGUCGACUCGCAUCCCCUUCGUGUCGGAGAUGAUGAAGGAUUUCUUCAAUGGUCGAGCGCCGCAGAAGCUUUGUAAUCCGGACGAGGCAGUGGGUCACGGAGCCGCGAUUCUAGCCGCGAAGCUGAUGGGAGAGAGAGGCACUCGUCUCGAUCAUCUGACGCUGAGGGAGAUUACGCCACGUAGCCUGGGAGUCGACCUGCACUCGGGGGAAAUGCGGAUUGUGAUUCCCCGGCACUCAGCUCUACCAGCAAGCGGGACUUGCACUCUUGCGACGAGCAGAGACAACCAGACUUGUAUGCGUUUUCCUGUUUACGAGGGAGAAGCGAGAAUGAACAGGGAUAACCACUAUCUAGGAGAGUUUACCUUGAAGGGAUUCCUGCGCGCAAGCAGGGGUGAAGCCUCCGCAAUCGUCACUCUGCACGUGAACGAAGACUGCCUUGUAACAGCUACAGCGAAAGCGUUAACCCUCAACUCCAUCGACGGUCGAGAAUCUCAGAUUACCAUCACGGCUGACAAGGGGGGACUAACAGACGAAGAUAUUAAGGAAAUGCUCUUGAAUGAGAUCGUCUGCGUCGAAGAUGACGAGGACAACAUCAAGGACGAAGAGGCGUACGAGGAGGAUGCAGAAAACUACUACGUAGACGAACCUUAUACUGACGACGAAGCGUGGUAGUGUGGAGUCGUGGACUGAGAGUGCAUAGAGAUUUCGCGGGACUGUACCUUUUUUCAUUUUUAGCGGCAAAAGGAUUA